GUUGGCUCACUGAGAGUCCAAACAAGCGGGCACGAGCCGUGGGUGCACUACACAGUGCGCGGUGCCUGGUUGGACUCUCUCUGGUCCUCGCAGAAAUUGACACACGAUAUUUACCUGGAAUACGCGUGCAAGGUUCGCGUCGGUUUUGUCGGCCGGCUGAAGCAAGUCGAAGCAGUGCAGCUGCGCGAGCAGCAGCAAGCCUUUCAAGGGGAGAAAGCAGCCGCGGACGCGGUUCUGGAAACCUUGAAACGUCCCUUCAAGCAGCAUGUGCUGGAGUUGGUCCGGGAAUGGGCCAGUCAGUAUUCUAUGCCCUUGCUCCGUUAUAAAUUUCUAGUGCUGCGAGCCGGGUCCCGCUGUGGCAAGAGCACUCUUGCGAAGUCGUUGCAUCAAGAGCUGGCCUGGCUCAAGCCACCUUACAUACAGACUGUGCAAGAUGAUGUAUCGGCCGAUCUUCGCGGCUUCAAUCGUCGCAAACACGGAUUCUUGGUCUUCGACAACAUCAACAAUAUGUCUUUCAUACUCUCCCAACGUGCCCUUUUUCAAUCGAACGGCGACGUGCACACCCUUGGACAGAGCAAAACUGGAGUGUAUAGCUACGAUGUCUAUCUUUACAGAAUUCCAAUUGUCUUCACCGUUGAUCACACUGCUACAUGGGAUAGCUUGGAGCCCUGGAUGGCAGAAAACAUGGUCUUGAUCGAGCUGAGCGAGCCUUGCUUUGUGGAGGGUCGCCGCCCGCUAGAGCUUGUCAUGGACCAGCCUGACUUUGAUGCGGCAGCAGCUCGGCUGGCAGUGCAGACGCUGCAAGCUCAGCUCACUGCGAACAGAAACGCUGCGAAGGCACUUUACCGGCAACAAAGCAGAAGGCACGAGCGUGCUGGACGUGGUGGCCUUGGACCUGCUGGGCAGAAAGCCACCCUUGCCGUGUACCUGUUGUCGGGACACAACAUAGAGUUGGCCACAGUCAUGGCACAACGCCUCUCCUCCUUCAAACAUGCUCAGACGCCGGGAUAUCCAAGUGCUGCCACAGUCGAGAGCCUUUUUUUGGCGGCCCCAAUGAGCGAAAUUUGCCAAGCUCAUGCUCCUGAGACUCCAGCAUGGGUCACAGCCACGCAGCAAGCACAAGCGUUUCUAGCAGAAAACUCUACAGUGCAGUGGGUGGAGACAAUGAAUGUCGGUCACGGUGUGACACCGUCUUCCGUGGAUGUCUUCCUGCAGUGCGAGGGAGCCUUGCUUGGUCAUCAGCCAGAUCUGGGAGCGCCUUCCAAGAGAACUGUGAACAAAUGGGCUGCCAGGUGGCGCCUGCGCUGGGGCGUGCGCCGAAAGACUUUACAGCCAGAAGGCUACAUCGAGCCGGAAGAGCUGCGAACCAAGGUCCGUGCUUUCUGGCACACACUAGCCCACGUUUCGGCCAAGUACAGCCACAAGCAGAUUGUGUUCCUUAAUCUGGACGAAACCUCGGUAGGGUUCAACAUGACUCCGCUUGCUGGCUGUGUUGCAGCAGCGUGCGUGCAGCGCGGCCUGCGGCUGCGUGCGAAAGUGAAGAAGGAGAACUUGCGCGGCGCGAUGUCCUACGUGGCAUUGAUUUGUGACUCAGCCGAGCUGCAAGGCAAGCUGCCACACUACUUGAUUGGAAGCACCGUGAGGCUGACCAAGACAAUCAUGAAGGGCAUUGCUGCACUGCCGGCGACGCAGCUUCGCAUCCUUCGCCGGAAAUCAGCUUGGAACACUUCAGAAGUCAUGGUUGCCAUUAUCAAGGACGUCUCUAAAACGCUGCAGCCUGUGCUUGACGCAGGCAAUGUGCAGCCAGUGCUGCUCUUGGAUUGUGCUCCGGCCCACCUUCCACUGCCUGUGAUGCAGGCAGCAUCAGACUGCGGGAUCCAGCUGCUGUUCAUUCCAUCCUCGUGCACUCACAUUGCCCAACCGCUGGACAUUCGAGCCUUCGCAGGUUUCAAGAUGUAUUUGAAAAAGGUUCAUCGAGAGCUUCGCGCUGCAUCCGCAGAGGGGCUGAUAAGCCCGCUAGCUUGGAUUUGGCAUUUAACGCAGGCGCCUCGGCAGUUCUUCGCAGCUAAGAAGUGGAAGCCGUCUUUCGAGGACGGUCCGGAAGAUGCGCUUGAAGGAUUGAAGGCGGAGCGGAAAACGUUGAAGCAGCAGUUGAAGCAGGCGACGAAGGAGAUCCGCUUGCUUGAUGAGGUGGCCGUAGAGGCCCCACGUGUGCAGGGAUACGAGUUUCGAUCGGACGAGUUCACUGCGUUGACAGACCAGCUUCGGAGCAAGGACCUGUCCCCAGCGCAGUCGCAAAGGUGCAAGGUUCGCGUCGGUUUUGUCGGCCGGCUGAAGCAAGUCGAAGCAGUGCAGCUGCGCGAGCAGCAGCAAGCCUUUCAAGGGGAGAAAGCAGCCGCGGACGCGGUUCUGGAAACCUUGAAACGUCCCUUCAAGCAGCAUGUGCUGGAGUUGGUCCGGGAAUGGGCCAGUCAGUAUUCUAUGCCCUUGCUCCGUUAUAAAUUUCUAGUGCUGCGAGCCGGGUCCCGCUGUGGCAAGAGCACUCUUGCGAAGUCGUUGCAUCAAGAGCUGGCCUGGCUCAAGCCACCUUACAUACAGUCUGUGCAAGAUGAUGUAUCGGCCGAUCUUCGCGGCUUCAAUCGUCGCAAACACGGAUUCUUGGUCUUCGACAACAUCAACAAUAUGUCUUUCAUACUCUCCCAACGUGCCCUUUUUCAAUCGAACGGCGACGUGCACACCCUUGGACAGAGCAAAACUGGAGUGUAUAGCUACGAUGUCUAUCUUUACAGAAUUCCAAUUGUCUUCACCGUUGAUCACACUGCUACAUGGGAUAGCUUGGAGCCCUGGAUGGCAGAAAACAUGGUCUUGAUCGAGCUGAGCGAGCCUUGCUUUGUGGAGGUGUGA